AUCAUACAACCUUAGUCAUCAUCAAAUUAAUCACUCUUUGUUUUUUGUAUAUUCUCUCUCUUUAGUUUAGCUCCACACUUCAUUCCCACAUAAAUCAAAUCUUCAUUUCUUCUUUCCCCAUUUUCAGCCUUUGCCAUUUGUCUCAUAAACAGCUGCAAAAAAGCAGCUUUACAUUAAAAAAUAAAAUAAAAAUGGUGAGGAUAAUACCUAUGGCCUCUUCAAUUAGGCCUUCACUUUCAUCCCUAAAUAAAUUUUCUGGGACUUCAAGAUUCUGUGUUUCGCUUCUUUCUCAUAAUUCUCAACGAAAGUUCGGUUCUUUUCAUCUGGGUAGUGCAAUUCCACAGUUGCAAUCUUUUGGCCUUAAAGCUUCUAAGCUGUUAAGAGAAAAGGGAGGCGGUUUGUCGGUCAGUGCUGCGGGAAAUAUGGCACAUGCAAGCACUGCUACGACCCAAGAAAAUGUCCUAGAGUGGGUCAAGCAGGACAAGAGAAGAAUGCUUCAUGUAGUUUACCGUGUUGGGGACCUUGAAAAGACGAUAAAAUUCUAUACAGAGUGCUUAGGGAUGAAAUUAUUGAGAAAGCGUGACAUCCCUGAGGAAAGAUACACAAAUGCAUUUCUAGGAUAUGGACCAGAGGACUCUCAUUUUGUUAUUGAACUCACAUACAAUUAUGGAGUUGACAAGUAUGAUAUCGGAUCUGGGUUUGGCCAUUUCGGAAUUGCUGUAGAGGAUGUUUCAAAGACUGUGGAACUCGUAAAGGCUAAGGGAGGGAAAGUAAGCAGGGAACCAGGUCCUGUUAAAGGAGGGAAGACAGUUAUUGCAUUUAUUGAAGAUCCUGAUGGUUACAAGUUUGAACUUUUAGAGAGGGGUCCAACACCCGAGCCCCUAUGCCAAGUAAUGCUUCGAGUCGGAGAUCUUGACCGCGCCAUAAAUUUUUAUGAGAAGGCUUAUGGUAUGAAGCUUCUCCGCACACGUGACAACCCGGAAUACAAGGUAAGUUGACAGAUUUUCUUAAACAGUCAGCAUAACAAAUGAAAUCAUCAUGGAUGUUUGACCUAGUGUAUGCAGCUUAAAUACCUCUUGCCUGGAAUAUUGGUAAGAAGAUAAGUUAGCGGAAUGCAUCAUGCAUAUGUAAUUAUAUUGCACGGUGGAGAUAGGUUGACUCUGAUGCAUUUCCAUACUUUUUGGUGUUUUCCCAAGCAAGCUUUCUCUCAAGAAACAAUUCAAGCAAGGAGGAAUAUCUUUGCCCUGUUGUUCUAUGAAAUGGCAGUUACAGAUGUGGCUGGACAGAAUGA